GCCAGACUCUCCUGGUGCAGGAGAGAUGAUCAUGAGGGAUACGGGGACUGUCCCGCCGACCUUCUCUUUUCCACCGUUGGCAAAUACCAUACUGACAGGCAAAGGAGCAAUGGUUAUGGCCAUGACCCAAGUGGCCACUAGCGCCACCGAUGAACAAGCAGCGUCCUCGUACGCCAGUGCGUUACAGGAAGGAUCAAAGACCGAUGUGACAACCUUGUGGCAUGGACACCAAUCGAACUCAAGACCUCACACAAGGAACACACGAAGGGGAGUCAUCUCUGGUGGUGUCAGAUGGGCUCAGAUCGAGGUUGUCCCUGCCCUGGCAAAGGUUCGUGGUUCGUUCACUGGGAUUGAAAGCAUCCUUUACCACAUUCAAACAGAGGAUCCGUGCCCAAUGGAGACCAACUGGAGAAAUGGAAAUCUGGGGGCUCGGGCGGGAUUGCUUCCUGCUAACAAAGAGGACGACUACCUUCGCGCUUUGACAGAUGGUCCUUGGACCAUUUUCGACCACUACCUAGUAGUCCAACAAUGAACCCCUAAUUUUCGACUCCACGACAAGCUUCCCAAAUCAAUGGUGGUGUGGGUGCAGUUUUCAGCUCUCCCAAUUCAUUUCUACCAUUAAGAGAUCUUGUUAUCUUUGGGUAAUAUGCUGGAAAGAACGGUAAAGUUGGAUUACCACACUCAACAUCAAGAACGAGCCAAGUUUGCACGUGUGGCAGUGGACGUGGAUUUAUCGAAACCCCUAGUUCCUCGUAUCUGGCUAGAUGGGGCAUGUCAAUAUGUGGAAUAUGAAAAUCUUUCGGCCGUGUGCUUCGAACGUGGAAAAGUAGGUCAUACGUCCACUAGUUGUUCAACAAUCCGCCCAAACAUACAACAGACUGACAAUGGCACGGUGGCGCUGACGCCGGCGUCCGCCUCCACUCCGACGGCAGAUGUAGACAAAAAAGCGGGCUAUGGGCCGUGGAUGCAGGUCUCACGAAAAUCACAGCGAGGGAACAAGGGAUCAUACAGGGUUGGGGCUCCCAACGGUACAAAGGAUUCUCCCCGAAUAAAGGAAAGUCAAAUGG